CGACCAACGGACCACCAGUGCUUGUGAUCCUCCAAGCCGUCGAGUACCUACUACUCAAGGUGCCAAGGUAGCGCGAGAGGAGGCUCCAAGAAAACACAUGUGUAAUGUAUGUCCGUUUGUAGUGUAGCUAGGCUUUAUACAAGAUGGGCGAGGCGAGAACUGUAAACCGGGCGCUCCUUCCGUCGGGUCAACAGCUCCCUCGCUAACAGACCCCGCUGUGUUUGCGCACACGCAGUGGACAGACAAGCCUUUAGCGCGCGAGGAACGUUUCGCACCCCGUCUUGUUGUUGCCAAUUCAGGCCAUCCACCCUUCAUUAUCCAUCGUUCAGCCAUUCAAUCCCCUCCCUGAUCACGCUCCGCUCUCUGCUGCUCCCACCUCUCCAACUCUCGCCAGCCCGCCCACACCCAACACCAACCUGCGAAUACCGAACGCUUCAACCGCCGACCGAUUGUCGACGCUGCCCCGCACGCAAAGGCCAGGAAAUUUAGGGCUUGAUUCGGGUCUCGAAUCAACCCCCUUCGAGCACCUGCCUGGCCGUCAGCUUGCCUGCCUCGGUCGCUGCCGCCGCCACCUGCCCGUCUACAAGGGGCGCCCGUUUGUUGCGCCUUGCGAGCGUCUCGCUGCGCAAACGAGACGACUCCCCAACCUGGCAGCGAGGCCAGGGCUGCACACACUCACGCACUCACGCACCCAUCCAGCCCUGCCCUGCCCGGCACCUGCCUUGUCGCUCUUUGACCACGAGCCACCCCAAUUGCGCUUCGACCCCACGACCUACAACGAGGUCGCUCAGGCCGACCAGCAGCAAAACGCAAACUUGCUUUGUCGCAUCGUCCUGCAGGCCGGAGCAUUAUCGGCUUCCCGAGCGAGCCUGCCAGUCACAAGCUCGCUCUUUAUCUUGCGCGGCCUCCGCCUUCUUGGUGUCCCUUGAUGUCUGGGAAUCACUCCCAACGACCGAGGCAAUUCGCCGACGACCUUGUCCGCUCGAUCCUCGAUGACCGCCCGGCAGCCGAGGUCAGCCCUUCCGGAGAGCUGUAUCGCGUCAUAGAGCGCUUCCACGACAACUUCGACCGAGACCGGCGCACCACCGGCGAUCUUUCUUUGCCCACUGGUGCUAAUAAUCCCGACAGCACCAGCGUCUUUGGCAGUACCCAUUCACGAAAUCUGCAGCGGAGGUUCUCCCGCGAGCCCUUCUCGGCCCGAGACUCGGCACGCCUGCCCGCUCCCUCGCCUCCGCUCCCGCCAUUGCGCUCUCACCUCGGGCGCCGCGGACCUGGCAUGUCGUUUGCUGGUGGCGGCGGCGGCGGCGGCGGCGGCGCAGGCGGUGGCACGGGAAACAACCAGAACCGUUCUCAUUUUUACCGGUACCGCCCGAGCGAAAGGUACCGGCCCAGUCCCGCCAACGCAUCCUUCGCCGAUAUGGACCUCAGGCUCGACAACGCAGCCCCGCCAUUCCGGGCUCUCUUGGACCUACACAAUACCAACCAACCAACCAACCCCCCACCAUCACCUCCAUUCAUGUCAUCCUCAACCCACUCCCAAGACCAGCCCGAGGAUAGCCGCCGCGCGAAGCGCCGGAAGAUUGACUCGUCGGAUCGCCUUACCUCGAGCUUCAAGGGCUUCAGGUACGGGCACUACGGCCAGGUCGAGCCGGGCCCUCUGACCAUGGAGAUUGUCAGCUGCGACGGUGGCAUGUAUACAGAGGGUUCUGGACCUAGCAUAUAUGCCGCCGAGAACAUACUCAAGAACGACAGCUCGGUCUAUUGCACCAAGGGCAGCAGGUGUAAUAUCGUUUUGAAGCACCAGGGCGCCACAGUCUUCAGCCUCAAGGAACUUGUCAUCAAGGCUCCUGGCUCCAACUACUCGUCACCAGUUCGAGAGGGCAUGGUAUUUAUAUCCAUGAACAAGGACGAGCUGCUCACGCGCACGGCCGACUACCAGAUCCAGUACAGUCGCUCCAGGCCAAGCAGCAAUCAGCGGGCGCCCGUACUCUCGGUGCGGCACUCAGAGGACGGCUCGUCCAGGGUCACGCAGAGGCGGCGCAUGUACAGCGUCCUCUUCGACCCAGAAGACACGUGCCUGGCGGCGCAGGUGCCACCCGAGUUCACAUUGGCACCGCCGCCUUUCAGGGUCACGACAGAGUGUAGCGAGGACGAGAGCGGGAGCGGAGAUGUUGGUAGUAGCCAUUAUAGGUAUGGCCGGCGACGGACGCCCAACCGAAUCGGAUCGCUGCCGUUUGAGAGUGACAGCGGCGACGAUUGGGCCCAGGUGGACGACAACGUGAGCGAAUACAUACGGACUGGCCACACCUUGCUAGCUGGUGAUGGUGGCAACAGCAACGGCGGCAGCGGCGGCGGCGGCGGUGGUGACAUGAGCCUGGAAGAGGUGGUCGAGGCGUCGCAGCUGGCAACGCAGGAGGCGGUCAGGGCAGUCGGCGGGGCGUUGAUGGCGCCGCACGCGCGUUUCUUCAUCGAGAAGGACAAGAGCAAGUGUACGAUCCGGUUUGAUCCCCCAGUGUCGGGGCGGUUCAUUCUGCUCAAGAUGUGGAACCCGCAACUCGACCACGCCUGCAAUAUCGACAUCCAGGGGGUUGUGGCCAAGGGCUUCGCGGGGCCGCGAUAUUUCCCAGCUGUGGACUUGAGGUGAUCACCUUACGCAGGCAACCACACCGCCUGCAUUUUCACUUAUUUGUCAAGUGUGUUGGCGGCCAGGCGUUUUCUGGGGAAAAGCUAAGCAUGGGGUUGGCCACGGGUACAUGUGCGGACUGGACACAGGAGAUGCUGCCGUCGCCACUGUGUUGCCAUUCUGCCGCUUUCAUGUAUAAAUGUGAUGAUACGGUUGGACUUGUAUGAGAUAUGAUGUUGUUUUGAUUGCUUUC